ACUUCCGGGAGUCGGAAAGGAAGGCUCCGGGUUCACCCUGGCAACCCGGGUGUUUGGCUGGGUUCUAGCGUGGCCGUCUGUGUGGCCGGUGGGGGACCUGCGGUCGGAGUGGGAGGGCCAGUCUGCACCCAAGAGGUGGAAGAGGACGGGCUUUAGGCUGGAAGCGCCUUAGAGGAGCCAUUUUUCCAGGAUGCCUGGUUUGCUUUUAUGUGAACCGACAGAGCUUUACAACAUCCUGAAUCAGGCCACAAAACUCUCCAGAUUAACAGACCCCAACUAUCUCUGUUUAUUGGAUGUCCGUUCCAAAUGGGAGUAUGAUGAAAGCCAUGUGAUCACUGCCCUUGGAGUGAAGAAGAAAAAUAAUGAGUAUCUUCUCCCGGAGUCUGUGGACCUGGAGUGUGUGAAGUACUGCGUGGUGUAUGAUAACAACAGCAGCACCCUGGAGAUACUCUUAAAAGAUGAUGAUGAUGAUUCAGACUCUGAUGGUGAUGGCAAAGAUCUUGUGCCUCAAGCAGCCAUUGAGUAUGGCAGGAUCCUGACCCGCCGCACCCACCACCCCGUCUACAUCCUGAAAGGGGGCUAUGAGCGCUUCUCAGGCACGUACCACUUUCUCCGGACCCAGAAGAUCAUCUGGAUGCCUCAGGAACUGGAUGCAUUUCAGCCAUACCCCAUUGAAAUUGUGCCAGGGAAGGUCUUCAUCGGCAAUUUCAGUCAAGCCUGUGACCCCAAGAUUCAGAAGGACUUGAAAAUCAAAGCCCAUGUCAAUGUCUCCAUGGAUACAGGGCCCUUUUUUGCAGGCGAUGCUGACAAGCUUCUGCACAUCCGGAUAAAAGAUUCCCCGGAAGCCCAGAUUCUUCCCUUCUUACGCCACAUGUGUCACUUCAUUGAAAUUCACCUUCACCUUGGCUCUGUCAUUCUGAUCUUUUCCACCCAAGGUAUCAGCCGCAGUUGUGCCGCCAUCAUAGCCUACCUCAUGCAUAGUAAUGAGCAGACCUUGCAGAGGUCCUGGGCCUAUGUCAAGAAGUGCAAAAACAACAUGUGUCCAAAUCGGGGAUUGGUGAGUCAGCUGCUGGAAUGGGAGAAGACUAUCCUUGGAGAUUCCAUCACAAACAUCAUGGAUCCGCUCUACUGAUCUUCUCCGCGGCCCACCGAAGGUGCCUGUUCACAUCACCUAGCUGAUGCGCCCUGCUCAGGCUCACCAAGAACCCACAUCCCUGAGGUGUCGCGGGCCAUCCCAACUGCACCCCUGAGGCUGCCUCUGGAAGAGCAUCUGGCUGCUAGAGCAGCUGCCCUGCAUCCCCCUGGUGACUUAGACCCUUUGGAGGCUGCCUGGGGGUACCCAGAGGUUGCCUGUGUUGGUUCACAGAGGAUGUCACAAUAGCCACCAAUAGGCAGUCCCCUAGUCCCAGAGAUACCAAGCCCAGCCUUUUCUAGCCCCCAGGCUCCUAGAAUGGGAUCACACCCUUGCCUCAUCCCCAGUGCUUCCUGCCAUCCACCCCUUGAAACAGAUUUUCUUUCCCUGCUCCCCACUCAUUUCUGCCUGGCUGUGUUCACCAAGGAGAGAUUCUCACCCCCUCCCCCAUCUCCCUAUCCACGUUUCUAGAAAUUCCUAAGGUCUUAAAAGUUUUCCUUUUUUUUUUAACCCCCUUUCUUUUUUUUUGGAGGCACGGUCUUGCUGUGUCUCUCAGGCUGGAGUGCAGUGGCGCAAUCAUGGCUCACUGCAGCCUCAACUUCCCUGGGCUCAAGCGAUCCUCCCACCUCAACCUCCUGA